AUGUAUUUGGGAGUGGUGAAUGUUUAUGCUCCGAAUUUAUUAAGUGAGAAAAAGGAUUUCUUUGUCAACCUAAAUGAAGUAAUUGGAAAUUUGGGUGUUCCAAUGAUUGUAGGAGGCGACUUCAAUUCUGUUAGAGAGAGCAAUGAGCGGAUAGGGAUAUCUGUUAAUUCCUGUGAUAUGGGGCCUCUGAAUGAAUUCAUCCAAGCAUGGAAUCUGGUAGACCUUCCCUUUUCAGGAAGCUGUUUCACUUGGUUUGAGGGAGGGUCGUCAACCUCAGCUAACAGAUUGGAUAGGUUUUUAAUCUCGACAGAUGUUUUAUGCAAGAUUCCAUCUCUCAUACAAAAAACGCUAAAGAGGAGCUUGUCGGACCAUAACACAGUGGUCUUACAAGAGAUAACUAUUCCGUCGAGGCCGAGACCAUUCAAAUGGUUAUGUCACUGGGCUGAAGAUAGUGGAUUUAGAAUUCUGGUUGAAGAGAUUGUCGGGAGAAGUCAAAAUAUUGAGAUUAGUAAACUUCUCUCUGAGAUCAAGAUGGCCUCUAAGACGUGGGCCAAAGUCAUUCGGGAUGCUGAGAAGGAUUCAAUUAAAGUAAUAGAAAGCAAAAUAUCAGACCUUGAACAGGAAGCGCUGGUUGGAAAUAACAAUAGUGAUGUCCUAAAAGAAAUCCAAAUUUGGAAAGUAAAGUUGUGGUCGAAAUACAGACGCGAAGAGCGCGAAUGGCUCCAAAAAUCCAGAUUGAAAUGGUUUAUUAAGCAUUGCAGUAGGCAAAGCUUGAAACAAACAGAAUACCAAAAAAUAUAUUUCAUUAAGCGUGUGUUAUACAUCACCUAG